AUGGAUACAAUCAUCAUAUCAUUGUGGAGAGAUGAUCGCUGCAGCCCCAGCUGUGUUUCUGCAUCCUUUUCUCCUCCUCUCACCUCUCUCCUCUCAUCGCCCCGUUUGUUUCGCCCUUCCUUCCCGCCCGUUCUUUCGUCCACCUCGUUCGUUCUCGAUCCGCCUUCUUCAAGUUCGAACCACACGCUUUCAUCCUCUCUACACUUCCCUCGACGUUGA